AAUCACCCUCGUAAGAUUUCUCAAAUUUCCACCUUUCUCCAUUAAUUUCCUCAAUCGAAAAAAUUCCACCUCUCCAACCAUGCUGUAUACAGAGGAGAUCGUGUUUGUGUCUGCUUGUGCGCGUAUGUGCGUGUAAGGGAGAGUUCUAUCAGCCUGUUCUUCAGUUUACAGGGAAAAAGAGGAGAUAAAAAAUUCAAGGAUUGAUUACAAAUUGACUCCAUUGAAACCCAGAUUCUGUGCCAGUAUAAAACUGGUUUUGUUUUGGGAGGGCGGGUUACCGAUGGGGAGCACAGGUGAAGCUGGCAGAAAGCGACGUCAUUUUAGCUCUAUAUCACCUACUGCCGCUACUGUGAAGAAACAUUCCCUCGUGCCCUUAUCCGAGGAUAAAAAGCUUGACGCGGCAGUACUUCAAUUUCAAAAUCAGAAACUUACCCAGAAGUUAGAAGCUCAAAAGAUUGAGAUCCGUGCUCUGCAAUACAAGUUGUGUCAAUUAAAGGAGAAACAACAGUCAAAUGAGAAGUCUUUGACUGUGGUUAAUAAUUCAUGGGAAGAGCUCAUUGAUGACUUAGAAUCACAUUCUACUCGUGUAAAAGAUUUGGUGACAAGUGGACGAGGUUUUGAACACCAAAUUGUCAAAGAUGAUGGUGAUUUUCAUCCUGAGAAAGCUUUUUUAAGCCGACUCUUAGAAAAGGGCGCAACUGAAAGUAGCUCAGCCGGCACAACUACAAUUCUGUCUGAAGAAGAUAGACAAAUUGAUGGUGAAAAGAGAAAGAGCAUACUGCAUAACACAGUCAAUGCAUGUGAAGAUUUGAGUAAUUUGAAGAGUAGCAUGUCUGCUGCAUGUUUAAAUGUGCUUCUGUCUGAUGGAUGGAGCCAGCAGGGGGUAUCCUGUGAUUUGCAGGCGGAAGUUAAGAAACUGAGACUGGCAGUGGGCAAUCUUCACUUGAAGCACAAAUCACUGGCUGCUGAAUUUCAGGGCAAUCGAGACACCGACACUAAGAAUAAAGCUGACCUUAAAGGUUUGAAAGGAGAGUUGGAGAAUGCAAUUUCAGAAUUGGAAGACAGCAACCGUAAUUUGGCCAUCAUAAAAGUGGAGAUAGAUCUGGCAAAAGGAGCAUCUUUUCCUGUCCUAAAUCGACAAAACAAGCAUGUCAUCACUGAUGAGACCAGAGACAAACAAGAUGAUUUGCAAGAGAUGGAGUUGGCAUUGAAGGAGUUAUUGAACCAAUCCUCUUCUCGACUACAGGAACUCAAACAUCUUCAUGAAGAUAGGAUAAAGAUAUUGAGACAGUUAUCAAAUUUGCAGAACAAUCUGAAGAAUGUGAAGGGAAUUUGUUCUUCUCGACCAUAUCUCCUACUUAAAGAUCAACUUGCAAAGUCGAAAGCAGAUGUAGUUCAAUAUCAAGCUCUUUAUGAGAAACUACAGGUUCAGAAAGACAGGCUUGCUUGGCGGGAAAAAGAAAUUCACAUGAAAAAUGAAUUGGCUGAUGUUUUAUGUCAAUCUUCGAUGGUGGCCAAGUCUAGAAUAGCUAAUCUGGAAACAGAGAUAAAAAAAUGCAUCGAAGAAAAAAGGGUUAUUGAAGCCAAUCUGGAAGAAGCAUCUAGAGAUCCUGGUAGGAAAGAAAUCAUUGCGGAGUUCAAAGCUUUAGUUUCUUCAUUUCCUGAGAAAAUGGGUAACAUGCAGAAUCAGUUGCUUCAACACAAGGAGACUGCUUCUCACAUUCAUUGUUUGUGCGCUGAUGUUCAAUCUGUUACCGACAUUCUCGAUGGCAAGGUUAAGGAAUUCGACUUUUCGUCCUCCAGAUCUGCUCAGCAAAAUGCUGAAAAACAGAAAUUACAAGCUGUGCUCCAUGAUUUAAAGGAAGCUGAUUCAGACUUGAAGCUUUUUUUGGAAAUGUAUAGACGUGAAUCGACUGAUUCAAGGGAAGUUGGUGAAGCCAGAAGUUCUGAGAUCAAGGCAUGGGCACACGUUCAGAGCCUGAAGACUUCUCUUGAUGAACACAAUUUGGAGUUGCGAGUUAAAGCUGCCAUUGAAGCUGAGGCAAAAGCCCAGCAAAGGUUAGCCGCUAGAGAAGCUGAGAUUGCUGAUCUGAGACAGAAGUUAGUGGCCUCUAGAAGGGAAAAAUCCGGGCUUUCUGAUGUCCUAAACUCCAAACAAGAGGAAACUGAGGCCUAUCUUUCUGAGAUUGAGACCAUUGGACAGGCAUAUGAUGAUAUGCAGACUCAAAACCAAAAACUUUUGCAGGAAAUCAGCGAAAGGGAUGACUAUAACAUGAAGCUUGUUUCUGAGGGGGUGCAAUCAAGGCAGAUGGGAGAUGAUCUACUUAUGGAAAAGCGUUCCCUGGAGAGAGCCAUACAACAAACCAAGACAUCUGUUGAUUUUUAUGACACUAAAGCCCCUAGAAUUGAAGAUCAGUUGAAAGUGUGCUUGGAUCAAAUUCAGAGACUCAAAGAAGAUAGGGUCCAAAAGAUAGCUACUUCAGAAAAUACCCAAAAGAGAUGGUUAGAUGUGAGAAAGUCCUUGCAGCAAUUGAUUGACACUCUUGAAGAAGCACAAGACAAGGUUGACAUGGGUCGAGUGGAUCUUGCUGAGAUGCAGAUAUUCCUAGAGAAAGAGAGGUUUGAGAGAAAGAGAGUAGAAGAAGAUCUAGAAACUUUGAAAAGGAAAGCUGAACAAUUGAAGUCACUUGCUGACGGUUCAUCUGAAGCUGAAAAGCUUAAGCAGGAACUCGGGGAAUACAAGGAAAUACUUAAGUGCAGUGUUUGCCUUGAUAAGAGAAAAGAGGUGGUUAUCACAAAGUGCUUCCAUCUGUUUUGCAAUCCUUGUGUAAAAGGAAUUCUUGAAACGCGUCACCGUAAGUGCCCAGUAUGUUCAGCAAGUUUUGGGCCUAACGACGUCAAACCUGUAUACAUCUAACGGGGCAUUGGAGCCUGGCAGUGAUACUGCACUGCCUCAGAUGCGUUUCAACUCAGGUAGCUGCCCUAGUGGAUAAUGUUCACAUGUAUUUAAGUACUUAGAUAUGCUGAGUCAUAGCAGGAAUUUCUAUAAGCUCCUUUUCUAUCAUUGCAAAUCAGCUUGGGAUUACAAGGCUUCGGUUUAGAUCAUUGGUUUGACAUUUCUCUUCAUGUUUUCUAUGGUGUCUAUAUUUACUGCUCAAGUGUUUAGAUACUUUUAACUUGUUACUUCUCAGUGUUAGGCAUGAAGUUUUGGGGGACCAUUUCAUUAAUAAAAAAUUCGACCCUAAGCCCCAUAGAAGUUAAGAUUUCUGGCCUUCGUGUGAGGGAGGACAUUUCCAGACCUAAGGAGCAUUAAUUGAUUUUGGCGCCACAGUUUUAGAUGCCUUUGUGUACAGAAAUAUUUUCAUAUGAAUGUUUUUUGAUUGUUUUUAGUGUGAUAGAUGAUUGAAAUGUAACUUGGGAUUCUUAAUAUAUAUAUUCCCAUUACAUGAGAUAGUAAUUAGAUUGGUUGUCUUUA